CUUGCACAUACAGAGAUCAAAGAGAGAGAGAGAGAGAGAGAGAUAGUAGAGACUAUGGGGUUUUUUCAGUUCUUGCUAGCUCUUGGCUUAGGCAUGGCAGCUCUUCUCAUCUUUAAAUGUUGGCUUUCGCCUAUUCGAGCAUAUAAAAAGCUCCGAAAGAAUGGUUUUGGAGGUCCAAAUCCAAGUUUUCCUUUGGGAAACAUCGAUGAAAUGAGAAAAAAAGAGAAGAGUGAUUCUCCUUUGGGGGGUUCUGUAAAUGUCACCCAUAAUAUCCAUUCAACUGUUUUCUCUUACUUUGCUCGGUGGAAGAAAUUACAUGGAAAAGUAUUUGUUUACUGGCUUGGCAUAGAGCCUUUCUUAUAUGUUGCAGAUCCUGAGUUUCUUAAACAGAUGUCUUCAGGAGUGAUGGCCAAGAGCUGGGGAAAGCCUAAUGUGUUUAAAUAUGACAGAAAACCAAUGUUUGGGAAAGGUCUAAUAAUGGUAGAAGGAGAUAACUGGGUUCACCAUCGUAAUAUCAUUGCACCUGCACUUUCACCACCAAAUCUCAAGGCCAUGGCAAACUCAAUGGUGGAAUCUGCCAAUAAGAUGUUAGACCAGUGGGCUAACCUCAUUGCUUUCAAUGAGCCCACAAUCGAAGUUGAGAGAGACAUUACGAGUACCGCUGCAGAGAUAAUUGCAAAGACUGUGUUUGGCAUUAACGAUGAGUAUGGCCGGAAAGUGUUUGAGAAAUUGCGAGACAUGCAGCUCUCACUAUUCAAGUCUAAUCGUUUGGUUGGUGUACCCUUCAGCAAGCUCAUGUGCUUGAAGCAAACCUUAGAAUCGAGAAGGUUAGGAGAAGAGAUCGAUGAACUCCUCUUAUUGAUCAUAGCUUCUCGGAAGAGAAGGAAUAACAGUUGUGGAGAAGACCAACAUGACUUGCUAGGGUUUAUGCUUUCAGAUGAAGGGCAAGAAGAGAAUAAGAAGAAGCUCACAGAGCAUGAGCUGGUGGAUGAGUGCAAGACUUUCUUCUUUGGUGGUCAUGAGACCACAGCAUUGGCUAUUACUUGGACGUUAUUGCUCUUGGCCUUGCACCCUGAAUGGCAAAACUAUCUCAGGGAAGAGAUUAAAGAAGUGAUUGGGGAUGGGCCUUUAGAUCCCACCAUGCUUGCUAGACUAAAGAAGAUGGGAUGGGUGAUGAACGAGGUGUUACGGUUAUACCCGUCUGCACCGAAUGCCCAGAGACAAGCAAGAGAAGACAUUCGGGUCGGACAAACAGUCGUACCCAAGGGGACUAACAUUUGGAUCGAUACAGUUGGAAUACAUCAUGACCCGACUAUAUGGGGUGAUGAAGUCCAUGAGUUUAAACCCGAGAGGUUCAAGGAAGACCCGAAUGGAGGAUGUAAGCAUCGGAUGGGAUAUUUGCCUUUCGGGUUUGGAGGUAGAAUCUGCGUUGGUAGGAACUUGACCAUGAUGGAAUACAAGAUUGUGUUAACCCUAAUUCUUAGGAGGUUUUCUUUUUCUCUCUCUCCAAACUAUUGUCAUUCUCCUACCAUUUUGCUCUCCUUAAGACCUAACCAUGGUUUGCCCCUUGUAUUUCAAACCCUUUAGAGAGAAGAUUCUUUAAAUAUCAUACCCAAUAUCUCAUAUU